GUUUAAAAGUGUCGUUUGGAAUUUCGGGAUAAGAGUGCUUAGCUUAUUACCAUAUCCAAACAAAUCUGCAGAAAUAAAAUCAGUUGGACCAAAAUGAGAUCCAUGGCAUUCUUCAAACCACUGUUUCAAAUUGCAGAUAUUCCAAAGGCCUAUGUGUUUGAUAUCAUCAAACAAGGAAGGGUGUUUUUCAAUAGAAGACGAAACACUGAACCAGAUAAAAUUAGUUGAUUAUCCAUUAGUAGUGGUUGCGAUAGCUGGUUUGUAUCGGACCGGAAAGUCUUAUCUAAUGAAUCGCUUAGCUGGAUCACAUGCGGGUUUUCAGCUUGGAAAUACAAUACAGUCUAAAACAAAAGGUAUAUGGGCCUGGUGCAGACCUCAUCCUAAAAAAGAAAAUCAUGUUAUUUUGCUUUUAGAUACAGAAGGACUAGGUGAUGUUGCAAAGGGUGAUAUAGGACAUGAUAAUAAAAUAUUCACACUUGCUGCUUUACUCUGCAACGUACUCGUCUACAAUAUGAUGUCAACAUUUAACAACGAUGCAGUAGAAAAACUGACAUUUAUAACUGAAAUGUCGAAGAACAUAAAAUUCAAGAAGAGAGAAGAAAUGGAUCAAUACAGCGAUGCUGAGCUUGCUCUAAUUUUACCAACGUUUGUUCUUUGUGUUAGAGAUUUUACUCUGGAGUUAAAAAAAGAUGGCGUCGAACUAACUGAAGAUCAGUAUCUUGAAGACUGUCUGGAACUAAAACCUGAAAAAGACAGCACCAAUGAAAAAUUCAACAAACCUCGAGAGUGCAUCAUAAAAUAUUUCCCAACUCGAAAAUGUUUUACCUUUGACAGACCAGGCGACAAAAAGGUUAUACAAAGACUUGAAAGUAUUUCUACUAAGGAAUUGUCAAAAUCAUUUGUUGACGACACAGAACGAUUUAUGCACUUUGUGUACGAGUGCAAAGGAAAAGUCCUGCUUGGCAGCAAGCCUGUGAGAGGAACAAUGUUUGCAACGCUGGUAGAAUCGUAUGUGCAGGCAAUACGGCAAGGAGCAGUUCCAGACGUAGAUGACGCAAUAACUGCAGUAUCUAAACUUGAAAACGAACGAGUUGCAGCUGCGGCGUUGCAGUCGUUUUCUAAAGAACUGGCAAGCAUCAGUCUACCGGUUUUUAAAAAGGAAGACUUCAGAAAACUAUUCCAUAACAUACAGAAAUCAUCUCUUCUAGUUUUUAGAUACGAAGCAAUGUUUGAUUCAGAACAAGUUGAAAAGAAAGUAACCAUGAAAAUGGAAGAAUUAUGGAAGGAGAAGUCCAAGCAGAAUAAGGAGUUAAUCCGAAAACACUGCAACGACCAACUCCAGGACGUUUACAACAGUUCAAUGGGUAAAGAUAUGUGUAGCAGAAAAUUUAAAGUAGCUGGAGGAUAUUCAAUGUAUAAAGUGGCUUUAGAAACGUUGAAGGCAAACUACAAAAGUAGAACAGAAAACAUCGAAUACUAUGAGGUACAGGGUGUUUGGCACAAGUUUCUUGAGAGUGAAGCUACGCACGAAAAUGAGAUCAUGAUGGCUGAUCAAGAACUGACAGAAGCAGACAGGAAACGGGAACUCGACAAAAUACAGAAAGAUAAUGAAAAGGUGCGAGAGGAGCAAAAAAUACUCUAUGAAAAAAUGUUGAAAGAGGAAAAAGACCGUGUUGAAAAACAUUUCGCGAAGCUAGAAACUGAUAGGCAAACGCAUGUGGAAGACGCAAAAGAAAAGAUGCAGAUUUUGAUGGAUACUUGGAGAGAUCAAAAGGAACAAAAUGAAAUACAGAUUCAAAUGAUGACAACGGAAAAUGAAAAACAACGAGAAGAACUCAAGCAGGAAAUUCAUCGACUGAAUGAAGAAUGUCGUCGUAGGGAACAAGUAAACGAAGAUCGCUUCAAAACCAAAGAAACUGAAUAUAAACAAGAGGUCUGUGAAAUGAAAAACGCUUUUAAGAAGUUAAUGGAUUCAGUCAAUGAAGAAAAAGCACUUUUACGACAACAACUACAACGACUGAACAAUCGUAGCUGGUAUCAGAGACUAUUCAAUAUCGAAGUUUGAAAAUUUACAUAUCUAUUAGAUUAACAUAUCAGGAAAAUGAUAUCAAUCAAUUCAAUCUAACUGAGCAUUUAAUGGCAUUUUAAAAAGAACAAAAAAAGAAUAAAAGAAAAAAAACGAAAAGAAAGAAAGGAAAGACUACGCGAUACUCAUUUCCGAAGCAAUAGUUAAUAUAAUACAAAUUCUUACAUAAUUUGAGUUUGGGAAAUUUAAUAAAAGAAUUCCUCUCGAUCUUGAAGGUUCACUUAUAUGGACGAUUUUCAUAUAGUAUGUUAAUGCUCGUGAAGUAGGUAUUGAACGACAGUUUCAGCUCAACUACGUUUUCGUGUAUAAUAAAGUGCUUUAGUAACAAUUUAACAAUUACAGUUCAUGAUUUUUGCAUAAAAACAAAUUUAGCCAACCUUGAUUUAUGAAUCGUCGGAUUUGUUUAUAAUAGUUAUAAGAUCAAUAUUGAUAAAUAGAAAUUCUAUUUUGGAGCAACAUAAAUACCUCUAGAAAAUAUCUACCUAUAUAGACAUUUAAACAAAAAGAAUGUUUUGGUAAAGAUUUCCAACAUUAUUGUUCUUGGUCCUAUAAUCUAAUGAAAUAGGUCGUAUUCAAGGAGUGUUCGAAAAGUAUUGUGUAAUGUGGUCUGAAACUUUGAAAACUGAUGGAAUGAUGCAUGUUUUCAUUUACUACCCUCAAAAUAUUCCCCGUGCUGAGAAAUGCAAAAUUUUAGUCAAUGGAUUCAUUUCCGGAAAGCGUCACAGCAGGCUGAUUUUGGUAUACUACGGAGGAACAGAUUGAAAGCAGAAUCGAGCGCUGGUCGCGAUCGAUAUCUACGACCAGAAAGGAAGUCUUUCAGUUUUGGGAACACAUAGAGGUCGCUCGGCGCCAGAUCUUGGGAAAAAGGUGGAUGUGGUAGCACAGUAACCCUUCCAAUUUCAAAAACUAUGUAACUGUAUUUGAGGUGAGUGCUAGAGCAUUGUCAUGCAACAGUCGAACAUGUUUGAAACCUGAAACUGGGCAACGUUUCCUGUAGUACUUCUUUAUUUUUUUCAAGUAGUACCUAUCAGCAACACUUCUACCUUUUUCUUACUAAAAUCUGAAUUGCUAUACCUUAGCUAGGGAGGAAUAUGGCAUACACAACUUUUUUUGCACUCAAAGUGCGUUUUGCAAUUGUUGGCCUUUGGCCAUGAUUGGUAGCUCAUAUUUUGUUCAAAACCUUUCUGUCAGAUUAAAAAAUAUGCGCCCAGGUCUCAUCGCCUAUAACAACAUUUGCAAAAACCUAUUAGCUGUAUUUUAGGAACAUUUGUGUUGCAAUCUUUUGGCAAUUUCACGUAGCCUUUGUUUUGGUCGUCAGUCAAAAGACGGGAUGCCCACCUUGCAGAAAUCUUUAUAACUAUUUGUCUUAAGGUAAAUUGAAUUGUUAGUGAAAUGCCAAAAAUGCGUGCAAUAUCGCGUAAGUCUGUAGAGCAUCGCUUUGAAGAAUUUCUGGGAUUUUCAAAAUAUUUUGGUCACACGUUGCCGGCCAGAUUUUGGGGCAUUUUCAACUCGAUACCACAAUCAAAUUUCUAUUUCCACCUGCGUCUCAUAAGACACCUUACUAGACUCAUAAACACAGUUUAUUUCGGCAAAAGUUCUUUCAAAGAACCACCGAAUUUACUGAGAACUUUUAUAUAUGACCGAAUUUCUUUAGUAUUCGUUAUUCGUUUUGCAACCAUUUUUUACUACAGUGGUCAACGACUGACCAAAUUGAAAUAGCAAUAACUCGGUAAAACGAUUAUUAAAUGAAAACAUAUAUAUAUCCAUCUGUAGAUAUUGAAUAGAGGUAAUAAGCUGUAUAAACAUCUACGUGAAAUUCCUUGUGGAAAUGGCGUGUCACAAUACACAAUACUUUUCGAACAAUCAUCGUAUGUACUAAUGUUUUCUAAUGAUAAAGAUUAACAGGUUAUAAUUGCACAUGUAGAUGCUUCACUUUUUGCUAAGAAACCAUUCCGACCCGUCCAUACACACAUGUUAAGAACGGAUAUUACGUUCUUUCAUUUUGAAUCGGACUACACAUAAUUCACACGCGUAUGUGUAUAUCAUAAAGAUUAUGUGUUAUAUCAUCACAUACCAUAGUAAAUUUCAGUUGCUUAAAACGAAGGGAAUGGUUCGCAAAGCAAAUGCAUAAAUCAUCAUAUGAUAGAUUAUAAUGUAUCAUUACAAAUUUACUUAUAGUCAUUUAAUGUCUGCAUUACAAUUUAAACAUUCGCAUUAUGAUUUUGAUUUUUUAAUAUUAUAUGUUUUUUGUCCUCUGCUUCAUGUCACUUAUGAAUACUUUCAAGAAGUCUAUGCUGAAAUAUGAAGAUAACUUUAAACAUCAGUAUAUAAUAGUCUCAUUAGAAUAAAGGAAAUGACCUCAGUAUUUCAUAGUAGAAAUAAUAUGUUGUAAUCAGAGUUUCUAACUUGACAUUUUGACGGACAGCGGCGGUAACGCAUUUGGUAAUUGUAGCUGCUUUAAAUUUGUAGCUGCUAUUCAACGUAGACUUUCAGCUCUGGCUUAACGUGUGUUUUAAAAAUUGAUACAGUUCAAAUACUCGAACAAUUAUAUACAGAAAGCUGCAUGUUGAAACAUUCGUGAAGAUAAGUAAAGUCAAUGAACGAUAACCUGUUGGUCUUGGUAGCUGCAUUUAUAGCAAUAUAGUCUGUACAUAAUAUACUCCAGUGAAAUGUCACAUGCUCAAUUUUACAGUCGGAUAAUUAAGUACACCGGCUACUUUUGCACGAAUGGUGGACAUACCCUAUUGUUAACAAGAUAUUUAGCUUACCCAAUAGUGAAAAAGUGGCAAUAUAUCUUUGAAUUAAUAAACUCAAAAAUAUCAUACUUUUCUGCAAUACUUUUGACCAUUGAUGUUUUAACUCUGUCGGUAAAUGACAUAAAAUGUUAAUGCUUUUCGGAGCUUCAUAUACACCCAAUGGACCCGCAUUUAAUGAAUUAAACUUUGAUAAAGAAAACAUUGUCUAUGCCUAUGUCAAUCUACUGUAUAGAUACAAUGUGUUUAUGUAAUUGCUAGAUGUAUUUAUAACCUCAUAAUACUUCAGUUGCAGCAAUACAUGUCUGUCUUUUUAUUUCUGAGUCAAGACUUAAUUAAACACAUUCGUGUAUUGAUAGAAAUUUAAAAUCUAUAACUGUAAAAGUAUUUUCGUACUUGAAUGAUUAUGAAAAUUAAGCUAAUGCGUUCCAUGUUUAAUGCUUGUUACCAAGGUCACACCUUUUUGUUCAUAUCUUAUUUCGAUUUUGAAAUAAAUGGUUAUGACACGUACGUAUUUUUUUAUAUAUUCUUCAAAGUAAUCAUAUCAUACAAUUAAUCUAAUCUUUUAACGAAUACAGUAACAGUUUCUACUGACGGCGAUCUAUUUUGUUAUAUAUAGCUCUUGCUUUGUUUGCUGUGCUAAAUUUGAAUACUAUUAGUGUUUAAAAAAAUUAGAUUUUGUUGAGAUUUCAAGACAAUGUACCGACAUAUCAUCUAAAUACUGUUGAGGUACUAUUGUAGAAGCCGCCACGGCAUCUUAUCAGACUGAGACGCUGAGUUGAAAUUAUCUAAAGAUGACUAUACUAAAGAUUAUGUUUAACUUACUUUGCACGUGCCUUUGAAGCAAAAACGCUAUUUUACUCAAAUUUAGCUGUCGUGUAAAAUGAAAACCAUGGAACAUGCCAUUUGUUGCAAAUAUUUUGUAGAAAAUGGAAAACACACUGUUAAAUGUCGUUCGUAUGAUUGGUUCCAGUUGUUAAUCUUAAAGAAGAUAAAAAAUCGAUCUUUGUACUCUUCAACAAAGACAUGACAUUUUUUAACUUCAAAAAUCUGUUUGAGUAUUCUUAAAUUUAGAUUAGUAUUUCAUAUUUCAUGUGUUGACGCUGUAAGUAUUAGAAAUAGGAUCAGAAGGUGUUAAUAAGCUCAUCGUUGGUCUUAAUUAUGGCAAGAGUUUUAAAAUAUUUUUUCUAUACUAGUUUUAUGUUUUACCACAUAAAUAUCAGCUGGUGUUGAAAGACAUGACCUUCUAAAAAUUGCAAGUGGCAGAUUAGUUUCUAAUGAUUAUAAAACUGAAUUGCAUUGUGUAUUAUCUGCAUGUAUCUUUGUAAUAUAUUAUAGAUCUAUUUUGUUGUACACUAAAGAGGAUCAAGGUUCAAGUCAAACAGUUGUUGCGUAAAUUAAGCUGUCGUAUAUUUUUGUUUUGUGUUGUAUUGUAAUUUUGCCUAUAAUGAUGUACAUUGUAUGAUGCAUAUGUGUGAAAUAAAGAUUUUAAAUUCCAUAAA